AUGGAUGCAAGCUAUGGAGACUUUCUAAGGAGGCAAGCUAUGGAUGCAAGCUAUGGAGACUUUCUAAGGAGGCAAGCUAUGGACGCAAGCUAUGGAGGCUCUCUAAGGAGGCAAGCUAUGGAUGCAAGCUAUGGAGACUUUCUAAGGAGGCAAGCUAUGGACGCAAGCUAUGGAGGCUCUCUAAGGAGGCAAGCUAUGGAUGCAAGCUAUGGAGACUUUCUAAGGAGGCAAGCUAUGGACGCAAGCUAUGGAGGCUCUCUAAGGAGGCAAGCUAUGGAUGCAAGCUAUGGAGACUUUCUAAGGAGGCAAGCUAUGGACGCAAGCUAUGGAGGCUCUCUAAGGAGGCAAGCUAUGGAUGCAAGCUAUGGAGACUUUCUAAGGAGGCAAGCUAUGGAUGCAAGCUAUGGAGGCUCUCUAAGGAGGCAAGCUAUGGAUGCAAGCUAUGGAGGCUCUCUAAGGAGGCAAGCUAUGGAUGCAAGCUAUGGAGGCUUUCUAAGGAGGCAAGCUGUGGAUGUAAGCUAUGAAGGGCUCUCUAAGAAGGCAAGCUAUGGAUGGCAAGCUAUGGAUGCAAGCUCUCUAAGGAGGCAAGCUAUGGAUGCAAGCUAUGGAGGCUCUCUAAAGAGGCAAGCUAUGGAGGCUCUCUAA